CACAUUGUAUAUGCAUUUCUUGUAGGAAGCGCUUCAAAAAUUCAAGGGUGGAUAGUGUAAGGGAACAAUGGAGUUUGAAACGGAUCAGCCGGAAAGAAAGCCUAGAAAAACGAUUUUCAAGGUUGAAAUUUUGAGACGCAGGCCAGUUUUAUUUGUUUACACCUUGUUUGUGCUAGUUCAGCUGGGUCUUCUAUGCUAUGUUACAUACAAGGUGGAGUCAUUAAGUUCUCCUAGUUCGCAAAAUGAUUCUGCAAAUGACGUUCCAAUCGCUGCUUAUCUUACCGAUCCAGAUGAAGGGGAAACCGAAAUGGACAAUAUGUCAGAUGUGCAAAAGUUUUUCCUCAAACAAGGAAUAAUGAUUGGUCAUAAGAUAAGAGAUUGCACUGGUAUAGAGGCAAAAGUGUCGUUCCCUAACAUUGAUUAUGCCUUCUUUGGAUAUGAUAUUUAUCGGGGCUUUCCUCUGGCAGAUUCACGUGACCCAGGGUUUACUCAUCCUAUUUUCAAAUCUGACUUUUCUAAUAUGCAGCAAACGGCAGACUGUAGAUUUGCUUUACCUAAUGGAUACAUCGCAGUUGCUAGUGUCUCAUGUGUUACCUCGUUUUCCUCAACGGUGCUGGAAACUAAGAACGAAUUACAAGAUGUUUUAUCGGCAAUGGCAGAAGUUAGUGUAGGUUUUAAGGCUUUUGCGUUUUCUUCAAGUAUUGGAUAUAGAAAAAUGACCUCUACAUUGGAGAGGAAGAAGUCCGUUUACAUAAUAUCUUCGGCUACUUGUGACUAUUACUUUGUUAAGCUGCGCAAACAAAUGCCACCAUCAUUUGAUGAUGAUUUCCUUAUUUGGCUGAGCAAACUAGAUGCAUCUGACUCUAAUACAACAUACAUUGAGUUUAUGGAUAGGUUCGGUACACAUUUUUUAUCAGAGGUCACGUUUGGUUCCAGGUUUUCAAAUGAGUAUGAAAUGUCUUUAAGCGACUACCAUUCUAUUAAAGAGACUCAAUAUAGUGCUAGUGCUCGUGCAUCUUUUACUGGUAAGUUAAGUAUUGGUGCUGGGUAUAGUUUAGAAACAAGUCAGCGACAAGCGGCAGAAGAGUUCUCGGAGAGAGUAAAAACCCACACCAAAACUGUUGGAGCAGCCCCGCCUUCAAAUGGAGACGCACUAACUUGGGCCUCUGAGGUGAAAAAUAACCCUGUUCCUUCUAAAUUUAUCUUAAAAAAUAUUGAGGAUCUGUUUGUACCAGAAUAUGUUGCUUCACUUGGAAUUGAUUAUGAAACAAUUCGGUUUAACAUCAUUAAGUAUAAGGAGGAUUACAGACGACACAGAGCAGAAAACAAUCCAGAGCUUUCAGUUCCUGAUCCAUAUGAUAAAGCAGUGAUAUGGAACGUGACAAAGACACUGAGAGUACAUGGCGGGUAUCAAGGUAAAUGGGGAGAGGAUGAAUUCUGCCCAGACAGACAAUAUGCCAUAGGUUAUAAUCUAAAAAUCGAACCAUAUCAAGGCAGUGCAGAUGACACCGGACUUAAUGCUAUAAGAUUGAUCUGUGCCGACAGGUUAGGAAACCUCACCGGAAGGACAAUUACGUCGUGGGAGAGCCAAUGGGGCUCCUACAGAACAGAUAAAUUGUGUCCUAAAUCUGGACAAACUGCCACUUUCCUAACUCGAUUUCGUCUUCAAAUGCAUGAUAUCAAUCAUAUUGGCGCAUCGUUUGCCACCUUUAUUUGUCAAGAUUUAAUGAAAACCACCAAGGAGAUACAGCUAAAGAUAUUUCCUGGUUAUGGGGAGCCUUGGGGUAAAUAUUGGGAGGAGAGUGAAAGUUGCCCGCAUGGAUCGGCUAUAUGUGGUAUGAAAACGAAAAUAGAAGAGCCACAAGGUAAAGAUGAUGACACUGCAUUGAAUAAUGUUAAAUUCUACUGCUGUGCUCUCGCCAGUACAAAAUAAGGAGGAUGUUUCACAAGAACAUAAGUUCAUAUACGACAAAUACAAUAAACAGCUUUUGUGAUUGAUAUGAUUAAAAAAGAACUUUUUUAUGAUGAUUACAACAGAAUCGUUGCUAGAAGAUACGUGUAAAUACAAUUUUAAACUUAUCUAGACAUUUCAAAAUGUUGAAACUGGCGUUAUUUAAUUGUAAUUAGUAUAUUCUUUUUUUACUUCUAUUUUAUGUUAUUCAAUUUACUUUGUUAAUCUGUCAUUUAACAUUUAGAACACAUACCUUUCUUUGUUGAUACACUGUAAAUCAUAUGCUAUCUUUCCAGGAACAUUCUUUUUAUAAACAUUCUUUUAUAUGCCCGAAAGAAUUUCGGACAUAUUAUGUUAUAUCCCCUGGCGUCCGUCCGUCUGUCUGUCCGUCCGUUAGCAAUUUGGUUUCCGGAGCAUAACUUGAGUUCCAUUUGGCCCACAAUAUUGAAACUUCAUAGAAUGAUUGUCCAUAUUGACAAGAAGACCCCUACUGAUUUUUGGGUCAAAAGGUCAAAGUCACUAUUACCUUAAAACUAAAAACAGUUUCCUCUCAAUAACAUAAGAAUUAAUCAACCUACAGUUGUACAUUUUUUUAGGAUGAACAGCCAUGUCCAAUACAUGACCCCUAUUGUUUUUAGGGUCAUAAGGUCAAAGGUCAGGGUCACAACGAUCUUUACACAAGGUCAAAGGUCAAGGUCACUAUUACCUUAAAACUGAAAACGGUUUGUAUUUUGUUUCUAUAUGUAUUGUAUUUAUAGGAUAUAUUUACCUUGUUAUCUUUUUAGACCGUUUUAUUCAGAAUUAAAUAAUCAUCGAAAGAACGCCCACAAUUGGUCUCUGUACUUCCUGAGCACUAGAAAUAUUUCACCCCGUGACAGAUGUAUUAUUAAUACAUUGUAUAUCUUUAAAUGUAUAAUUGUUGAAAUAACACGAUAAUUAUAUACAAACUAAAAAGAAAUUAAAAAAAAAUGAAAUGAAAAAAUGUUAAGGCUUUAAAUUUGUUACUUUCGUAUCAUAUACUAAAAUAUGAAGCAUUUGAUAUGUUAGAAUGUAUAUUUUAAAAGUAACCUUUGUUUUAUUUGUUCCAAUGGUUUGUGUCAUAUGGCUUUAAUAGUUUCUUGUUUAUCGAAGUGUCUAAAAGACGUUGCAAAUUGACGUAAAUGUACAUGUAUUACAAUGUCAGUGUAUGGUAUGGUAGAAACUUUUAUUCAUGUUUAAUAGCAUACAUAUAUCUCGAACUGUAUGGAUACUCUCCCGAGAUUGCAAGUAAUAAUUAUACAUAAAUUAGUGUAACUGUUAUGUAUUUGAAUGUAGAAUCUCCAAAAUAAAUUGUAAAUGUUAAAAGACAAGCAAUUCAAGAAUUGCAGCCACGUCAUCUUGCUAUAUAAUAAGUAAUUUACACAUACAUGUACAUGUUUAUCACAUUAGCCGCGGCGCAAAAGUGUAAUAAAGCCAUUUAAUAAAAACGAUAUUACACUAGUGUAAUAACACUUUGACGUGACGUCAUUUGCGCUAUAUAGAAACAUAGCGUUAAAGCGCGCUAAUGUUAGCGUUACACUAUAGGCGCGUCAUUGAAAAAUAACUCAUUUUAACAGUUUACUGUUCUUAUUUUAUAUAUGUGAUAAAUAGAAUAUUGUUUUCGUGUAGAUUCAAUACUAAAUUUAUUGAACUCGUUGAAUAAAACAAUAUUAUGCUCGCCAGAGGCUCGCAUAAUAUGAUUUUAUUCAACUCGUUCAAUAAAUUUAGUAUUUAACUACACUCAUUCAAUAUCCUCUAUAUAUAUCAUGAAGCUUUUGAGAGAUAAUUGACAUAGAUUCUAUUCUAAAGAAUAAUAAAUAUGAAGAAA